AUGUGUUAUAGUGAUAAUAGUACUAAUUAUUAUCAACAAUUUAUCCAAAUUAGUAUUGGAUGUAUCGGUAUAUUAUCAUUUAUUGCACAUUUUAUUGCAUUCAUUCUUUGGACUACUUAUAUUCUAGGUUGGAGAACAAUAAUAAAAUGGAAAUCUAUACAACGAAAAAGACAACUAAAUUAUAAUUUUAUGACUACUAAUCCAUCUUGUACUAUAUUACAAACAAUAACAAAAGUUACAACGACGACGACGACAACAACAACAACAGUAAAUACACUUAUCCAUCGAAAUGAUAUCAAUACAUCAGAACAAAUACAAUCUAUGAUAACAACAAAGAAAAUUUAA